CUGAUAAACCUGGAUGGACCAACAAAACCUAACAGUGCUAAAAGAAUUCAUUCUAAUGGGAAUCACAGACCACCCUGAGCUGCAGGCCACCUUCUUUGGGGUGUUCCUCAUCAUCUAUGCAGUCUCCGUGGUGGGCAACAUGGGCAUGAUCAUCCUCACCAAGAUGGACUCCAGGCUUCAGACACCCAUGUACUUCUUUCUCAGACACCUGGCUUUCACUGAUCUUGGUUAUUCAACAGCUGUGGGACCCAAAAUGUUGGCAAACAUUGUAACUAAACAAAAGACUAUUCCCUACAAUUGGUGUGCAGCCCAGCUAGCGUUCUUCAUCUUGUUCAUCAUUAGUGAACUUUUCAUUCUCUCCGCGAUGGCCUAUGACCGCUAUGUAGCCAUCUGUAACCCCCUACUCUACACAGUCAUCAUGUCACCAAGGGUAUGCUGGACACUGGUAGCAGUCCCCUACCUCUACAGUGCUUUUCUCUCUCUGAUAAUCACCAUAAAGAUUUUUAUUUCAUCUUUCUGUGGCCAUAAUAUCAUUAAUCAUUUCUACUGUGACAAUCUUCCCUUGUUGACACUGAUAUGCUCAAGCACACGUGAAAUUGAGUUAAUAAUACUGAUCUUUUCAGUGUUUAAUUUGGUUUCAUCUCUUCUGGUAGUCCUUGUGUCCUACAUACUGAUCCUCCUGGCCAUCCUCAAGAUGCACUCUGCAGAGGGCAGGCACAAGGCCUUCUCCACCUGUGGAUCUCACCUGACAGUGGUGGUUGUAUUCUAUGCAACUCUGUCCUUCAUGUAUAUGCAGCCCAAGUCCAGUCAUUCCUUUGACAGUGAUAAAAUGGCCUCUGUGUUUUACACUUUGAUCAUACCCAUGCUGAACCCCUUGAUCUACAGCUUGAGAAACAAAGAAGUGAAAGGUGCCCUGCAUAGAAUAUGGAAAAUCCUGAGCAAACACCCCAGGUAA